UAGAGGGAAGUGGUGCCGGCCGCUCCGGGCACCAUGGACGAUGCCGCGGUCCUGAGGAAGAAGGGUUACAUCGUGGGCAUCAACCUGGGCAAGGGCUCCUACGCCAAAGUCAAGUCCGCCUACUCCGAGCGCCUCAAGUUCAACGUGGCGGUCAAGAUCAUCGACCGCAAGAAGACACCCACCGACUUUGUGGAGAGAUUCCUUCCCCGGGAGAUGGACAUCCUGGCGACCGUCAACCACCGCUCCAUCAUCAAGACCUACGAGAUCUUUGAGACCUCAGACGGGCGCAUCUACAUCGUCAUGGAGCUCGGGGUCCAGGGCGACCUCCUGGAGUUCAUCAAGUGCCGAGGCGCCCUGCACGAGGACACAGCGCGCAAGAUGUUCCGGCAGCUGUCCUCGGCCGUCAAGUACUGCCACGACCUAGAUGUCGUCCACCGAGACCUCAAGUGUGAGAACCUUCUCCUUGACAAGGACUUCAACAUCAAGCUGUCCGACUUCGGCUUCUCCAAGCGCUGCCUGCGGGACGGCAGCGGCCGCAUUGUCCUCAGCAAGACCUUCUGUGGGUCGGCAGCGUAUGCGGCCCCUGAGGUGCUGCAGGGCAUCCCCUACCAGCCCAAGGUGUACGACAUUUGGAGCCUGGGUGUCAUCCUCUACAUCAUGGUCUGUGGCUCCAUGCCGUACGACGACUCUGACAUCAAGAAGAUGCUGCGCGUCCAAAAGGAGCACCGUGUGGAUUUCCCGCGCUCCAAGCACUUGACGGGUGAGUGCAAGGACCUCAUCUACCGCAUCUUGCAGCCUGACGUCAGCAGGCGGCUGCACAUUGACGAUAUCCUCAGCCACGCGUGGCUGCAGCCCCCCAAGCCCAAAGCCAUGUCUUCGGCCUCCUUCAAGAGGGAGGGCGAGGGCAAGUACCGGGCCGAGUGCAAGCUGGACACCCGGCCAGGCUCGCGGCCUGAGCACCGGCCCGAGCACAAGCUGGGGGCCAAGACCCAGCACCGGCUGCUGGUGGUGCCUGAGAAUGAGGACCGGCUGGAGGACCGUCUGGAGGACCGGCUGGCCGAGACCUCCAGGGCGAAGGACCACCACGUCUCCGGAGCCGAGGUGGGGAAGGCAAGCACCUAG